CCAUCCAGCUGUUACGCUACAGCUCCGCCCGCGCGGCUCUCCGUCGACACACAGAACGUUCGCGCUGCGUGGAGCUGUCAGUAACGCACAGCCGCCGCGCGUCAACACAGCGAUGCUAACGCUAAGCUAAGAUAACGGCGGAGCGGUCUGUGUCGCACAUCGUCAGCCUGACGUCCUCUCUGCGGCGAAAUAGUCCUGGACCGCGCAGAAGACCUCGGUACACUUUUCUCGUAUUUGUCUGGGAUGUAUGGAUGGAUAGUUGACGGCAUCUCGUCGCUGUUCGAGCCCGCCACGGGGCGAAACCCCACCGAGUGGCCCGGGAGAGGGAACGUUAGCGGGGAGACAUCCACGCGACCCUCCGUCCGAGACGAAGCACAGCGGCAGCAGAGUCACGGCAGAGCGGCUAAACGGAACUACCAGAGUGUUGAUGUUGCAGGCAGCGUUUGCCACAGUGACCCUGUAGAGGUGAAAAGACGCAGACGAGUUGUUCACUUGUUGUCCUGUGCAGAUGUAGUCAUCAGCUUUGUGAAGAAGACUGUGGCCGGGGUAGCGGGUUUGCUCAGGCUGCGCAAACCUCUGACGACCAGGCGUGAGAAUCCCAGACGUUAUGAAGACACACAGCCUGUCACGUUGAUGGGGAUAGAUGAGCUCCACACUUCAUGGCUGAACACUACUGAGUGGAGAAUGGAUAAACAAGUUGGUGGAGUGAAUGACAGGGGAGGCAAGAAUCCCUUUCAGACCUCCUCACCUCCUCUAAUGAGGAAAUACAGUGGGACGACAGUCUCUGCAGGCCUCACUGACAGAGGGAAGGAAAGAGAGAGGAGAGGCUCCCUUCAGCUGCUGCCGCCGAGGUCGACUAUGAGGGUGGCAACCGCUCACUCCGACCCAACCUACAAUGGCUUCAGUCACAACCGCUGCUACAAGCCCAGUCUUACUGUGGAAGAGGCCAUUAAGCAGAAUAAUAAGGAGCACUAUAGACGCUUGCUGGAGAUGGUGACAGACAAAUACAGCAAAAGUCAACCACUGCCUUUCAACCAAACAAAACCACAGGAUGAGUCACUGUCACAGAGUGAUCACAAACCUGCUGCUUCAGGGAAAACAUUUGAGUCGGUGCCCAGGAGGACGGGAUACACGGCUGCCCCAAGUAUGUUUACAUGGAGAAAUGCAUCUGCAACUAAGGACAGGUGGGGCGGCCUGACUUUCAGCAAGUCUUUUAGUGGCAGCUUUGAGAACACAGAGCCUGUGUGGAAUACAAGGAAACAGGCUGCAGAGUUGGACCUCUCUGCUGAAGUAGCGACUCGCCUCAGUCUAGUGGACAGAGACACUCCUGCUGUCAGUCUUCCUGACACACACACUGCAUACACAGCACACACGAGGCACAGCGAUGAAGACAUACCUAAGCUGACAAAAGACAUGGCGGUGGAGGUGAGCGGUGCGUUGGCUCAGAGCGAUCCCAACCUCGUUCUAAGUGCGGCUUUCAAACUUCGCAUCACACAGAGAGACCUGGCCACGCUGCAGGAAGGCAGUUGGCUCAAUGAUGAGGUGAUGAACUUCUACCUGUCCCUGGUCAUGGAGCGAUGUUCUGUCAAAGCAACAGGAUUAAGAGUCUACUCGUUUAGCACCUUCUUCUUCCCUAAGCUGCGGGACGGAGGAGGGGGGCAGGCUGGAGGACACGCUGCCGUGAAGCGCUGGACCAAGGCUGUCGACCUCUUCCUCUACAACCUCAUCCUGGUCCCUCUGCAUCUGGGUGUCCACUGGGCGAUGGCUGUCAUUGAUUUUAAUUCGAAGACAGUGAAGUCAUAUGACUCAAUGGGCCAGAGACAUGAUGACAUCUGCAGUCAAUUACUACUCUAUCUUAAAGAGGAGCAUAAAGUAAAGAAAUGCAGAGAGCUCGACAGUGCCAAAUGGACAAUAGGAAGCUUGAGGGCCACAGAGAUUCCCCAGCAGAAAAAUGGCAGUGACUGUGGUGUUUUUGCCUGUAAAUACGCUGACUAUAUCGCAAAAGGAAGGCCUCUCACCUUCAAACAGUGCCACAUGCCGCUGUUCAGGAAGUUAAUGAUUUGGGAAAUCCUCCAUCAGAAGCUGCUAUAGAGAGUCACAGCAAUCUCCUGUCCGUUAACCUCCGAACAACAGAGACUUUAUUAACGGAUAACAGAAGCAACAUCUGUGUACAGUAACCACAUGGUGAUUGGUGAAGGAAAAAAAAAAAGGGCCAAAAAGUGGACAGAAAUCGAACCCAGUCGGGCAGUUCUGGUCUGUACAAAUGAAACACUAGUCUUAAGAGUCGGUCAUGUCCCUUCUCCGGUCGGGGACAUAUAAAUGUUUUGUAAUCUCUGAGUUGUAAUUGGAGACAGUAUUAAGUUGUUAGAAAUGUAUGUCUUCUACAAGCUUUGACACUACUGACAGAACAGCUUUUUUUUAUUGACUUUGGAUUGUUAGAUUUACUGGUUAGAAGUACUGCCUGAAGUGCCUUCAGCCCUCUGACACUGAGCUCAACAUGCUCUUAUUUUGUUUUUUGUAAAUUACUGAGUCACACAUAAUUAUUUCCAAGUCACAUCUGAGGAGCUGGACUCAAAAUUCGUUAUUUAAAUUGUUGUAGUCACUGAUAUGUCAAUGUCAUUUGGCUGUUCUCUUCCAGUUGCAAUCAACACGGUGGAUGGCAAAUAAAUACAUUGGGUGUGGAAUUACAUCUCAUGACGUAAAGAUAAUAAAUUAUAAUACCUCCUUUUCAGACAAAUGCAUGGUUGAAUGCUUGUAAUUUAUAUAUUUUGCUAUUAUUUAUGAUGACUGAAUGAGAAAGUGUUUUUGGAGUGUGUGUGUGUAGUUUGUUUUUCCUCCAUGAAUGAGCAUUAAUAGUUGGUUGCCCAUAUUUAACAUAAGGCGCCGUAAGUAUGUGAACCUUUUUAUGAUCAAAAUGCAAGAGGCUACUUAAGGCUAUUACAUUGAGUAACACUAGAGCAUACUGCUUAACAAACUACUGUACACACAUGCAUGUUUGAGAUCAUACCAUGAAAAUGUGAUUUGUCUUUCCCCCUGUAAUAAAGUAUUUUUUUUU